AUGUCCUCCCGGCGACCGACAGGGCUGAAGGUGAAGCUAGGCGGUGGAAAUGGCGGCAGCAGCACCCUACCGGACAGCGCCGAAAGCGCCACCCCGCGUAACCUCGACAAGCGCGGCACACUCACGGUAGGCGAGCGAUCGUUCGUCGUCGAAGCGGAUCACCUUCGGAAGCUGGCUGAUUUGGGCCGCGGGGCGUAUGGUAUCGUGGAGAAAAUGUUGCACCAACCGUCCGGCACCGUGAUGGCGGUCAAGCGCAUAACGGUCACGAGUGGCAUGGGUGGUGGGGCUGGCGGAGGCGGUGGUGGAGCGGCUGGCGUGCAAUCCCAGGAACAGAAGCGGCUGCUGAUGGACCUGGACGUGUCGAUGCGAGCGAGCGAUUGCCGGCACACGGUCCAAUUCUAUGGUGCGCUUUUCCGUGAGGGAGAUGUCUGGAUCUGCAUGGAGGUAAUGGACACGAGUGUCGACAAAUUCUACCCGGUCGUGUAUAAACGACCCAGCCGUACCAUCCCGGAACGCAUCCUCGGCCGGAUCGCCCUUGCCAUCGUGCGUGCCCUUCAUUACCUACACACGCAACUACGCGUCAUCCACCGGGACGUGAAACCGUCCAACGUGCUGAUGAAUCGCCGUGGGGAGGUGAAAAUGUGCGAUUUCGGCAUCUCAGGUUACCUCGUGGAUUCGGUGGCCAAAACGAUCGAUGCCGGCUGCAAGCCGUACAUGGCGCCGGAACGCAUCGAUCCAACAUCCGGCAGCAGGACUGCGGGCUACGACAUCAAGUCGGAUGUUUGGUCGCUUGGCAUCACGAUGGUUGAGAUCGCGACUGGGCGUUUUCCGUACGCGAGCUGGCGGACGCCCUUCGAGCAGCUGAAGCAGGUGGUGAAGGACGAACCACCCCGUCUGCCAGCCGCAGCUGCCCCCGGUUCGGAGGAGUUUAGCGCCGAACUACACGCCUUCAUCAAUAGCUGCCUUCAGAAGCAGUACCAGCAACGUGCCAACUACGACCAGCUGCUCGCAUCCGACUUCCUUAGACGUUACGAUGCCGGGGAUGAGCUGGUCGAAACCAGUGAUAUGGCCGAAUACGUCUGCGCGAUACUGGACGAGCGGGAUGGUGUCCUGGCCGGUGACGGUGGUGGGAGUGUGGGCGAAUAAGUUGUAAAUAACAGUUUCUUUUUUUUUGCAAGGAUAACAAAUAAAGUUAGGGAAAUAUUGAACAAAAAAAAAAGGUACAUACGUUAAACAAAACAUAAAAUCACAUGACCGUUUCAACACACACACA